ACCCUCCCCCGGGGCGCUUCGGGCCCCCCCCGGCACGGCUGCCCGGGGGGGGGGGGGGGGGGGGCAGGAGCCAAAACGAGAUCGGGAGGGGUGAUUCUCCCCCCCCCGAAGUGUUCCGUUGGGGUCGCACGGCAGCGUGGAUCCCCACCCUCGUGCCUUUUGGGCGGGAAUGUAUGGAUGCUAUAGGAGUGCUAUAGGAGCCGGUCCCUAUAGUUUUGGCAGGCGGGAGGCUCGGGGCGGGGCAAAGCGGCCCCCAGGAUGAGCUCGUCCUCGCUGCUGGCCGAGGCGCCGCUGGAGCCCCCCGUGCUGCUGAGCGACAUCAAGACGGAGCCCCCCGAGGAGCUGCUGGCCUCCGACUGCAGCCAGCCCCAGGCCGAGCCCGUCGACCUCUCCCUCAACAAGUCCAAGGCCCCCCCGCCGCCACCCCCCGUGCAGUCCUCGCCCCUGCUGGUGGCCCCCCCGGUCCCCGCCUCCACCAUCUCCAUCGCGUCCUCGGGGCUCGGCACCACCUCAGCCAUCCCGGCCGUGCUGUCGCCCGGCUCCAUCCUGGCAUCGUCGCAGGGCAGCGGCGGGCAGCAGAUCCUGCACGUCAUCCACACCAUCCCUUCCGUCAACCUGCCCAGCAAGAUGGGCAACCUGCAGACCAUCCCCGUGGUCGUGCAGUCGCUGCCCGUCGUCUACACCACCAUGCCGACCGAUGGCGUCACCGCCAUCACCGUCCCGCUCAUCGGGGGUGACGGCAAGAACACUGGCUCCGUGAAAAUGGACCCGGGCGCCAUGUACCCCAUGGACAUGCCGAGUGACAGCGAGGACAGCGCCUCGGAGAGCGGCCCUGCGCCCUUCCAGGACCUGCAGCGAGAGUCCGCCACGCCGCGCCUGCCCCGCUCCGACUCCCCCGACCUGAAGAAGCGGCGGAUCCACCAGUGUGACUUUGAGGGCUGCAACAAGGUGUACACCAAGAGCUCUCACCUCAAGGCCCACCGGCGGAUACACACGGGCGAGAAGCCCUACAAGUGCACCUGGGAGGGCUGCACCUGGAAGUUCGCCCGCUCCGAUGAGCUGACCCGGCAUUUCCGCAAGCACACGGGCAUCAAACCCUUCCGCUGCUCGGACUGCGACCGCAGCUUCUCCCGCUCCGACCACCUGGCCCUGCACCGCCGGCGGCACAUCAUGAUGUGAGGAGCCCAGCACGGGGAGCGGGGAGACGGAGGCGGCCUUGCUCCCUGCGUGCAGCCGAGGGACUGCGGGGCUGGCGGCGAGCGAGCCCUGCCUGCACCGCUGCGGGACGGUCUCCGGAACGCUCUCCUCUUCUUCUGGGCCUCUCCUCCCCACUGGCAACACUUGGAGGCUCCUCUGGCCGCAGCCUCCCGGCCUCCCUCCUGGCACUGCGCGCUCAGCCUCCCACGGGUGUUGCGGUGCGGUGCGGACGCAGCCACAGCCGAGGCAGGGAGGAGUCCAGCCCUGUGUGUGUGCCUCCUUCCCAGCCCUGUGCAGAGGAACGGGGAGAAAGGAAAGAGCAAAAGGGGGAGGACGGAAAGAGCCGUGAGCCACCAGAAGGGCACCGCCAGAAAAAGGGAAACUUUGCAGAACGUGGAACUGUGAUUUUAUGGAGUUCUGGGGGGGGGGGGGGGGGGGGACAUGCCGGCUUUCAGUUUUCGGAGACUGUGGGACAGUUGAACCAUUUAUAAGUUAAAAAGGCAUCAGCCUCCCUACGGACUGUUGGCCAUGCA